GAAGCAGAGCAUUUAGAUGAAGGUGACUCCGAAGCCUUACCUCGGCGUGCAGUUGCCCAUAAAAUCGAGGUUAUUAUCAUCUACGACAUCGUCCAUUCGCCAUCCUACAAUGUUCCGGUGCUUUACAUUACUCUCUCGCCUCGCUCUGACGGAGCAACCCGCUCAUUAGAUGCGGUCUAUGACCUACUCGUGCCGCAAAGUCAGUGGGGCUCGUUGCAGUCGGUCAGCGUCAUGGGCGGACUCAGCAUGACCGAUCACCCAGUCACUACUUUGCCGGCAUAUUUUGUGCAUCCGUGUCGGACUGCGGAGGCGAUGGCGGCUGUCACAGCUGGACGUACCGUCACUCCAACAGAGUAUCUGGUGGUGUGGUUGGGUCUUAUAGGGUCGACUGUCGGGCUGCAUAUGCCAGUAUCCGUCGCGAAAGCGGUGGUUCAGCGUAAUACUGUUGCGUCACGCAGUGUGACUGGCAUUGAGAGGACUGUUGAUACACGUAAUGCUGUCAGAGAUUGA